AUGUCAAGAGGAGAUAAAAUUCACAUUGACGGUAACAACACUGACAAACACCCUUAUACUUGUCAAUCAGGAACGUCACAACAUCCGGGAAUAUACAUCAACAAGACUCUAUCACUGAUUGGUUCUGCUAAUCCCAUGCCUCAGAUACGUUGUUUCGAAGAAACAGGGUUGGUGUUCAAUGGCUCUGAUAGCGCGGAGGACAUGAAUAUAACUAUAUCAGGACUUUUAUUUAGUGAAAGCCUUGUAUAUGUUCAAGAUUCCUCUGUUCAUAUCGAUGGUUGUAAGUUCCAAGGUAGUAAUCAGAGCGUGGAAAUUGUUAUUCGUUACAGUGCGUUCUCGAAGAUGCUGGUUACAAAUUCGACGUUCUCUAAAAACCGUAGGUGCAUUUCAAUAGUUGUGCAAAGUGAAAUGACCUUAUCGCCAAAUAUCCAAUUAAUAUUCAAGCUUUCAAAUUCCUCCUUCGAUGGCAAUCUUUGUGUGGACAGAGGCGGAUGUAUCUCGUUCUACAAACCUGAGUCCAGUAUACAGACCGUUAGCUGCAAUGUCACACUGGAUAAUGUGAUAUUCUCCAAAAACAACUUCAGUUCAGGACUCUUCUUUCUAAACAUUAACAAUGGCAGACAGAACAUAUACCUUCAGAACGUGACAAUUAGCGAAAACGCGCCAUCGUCAACAGUCUUAGAUACUCUGGGAGGUUUCCUCGGUGGUGAAUACGUUGUCUCUACUGAUGAUGUACAUUUUUUGGUCAAUUCCAGUAACUUCAGAAGUGAACAUGCGCGUUUAUUCCAUGUGACUGCGUCAAACAUUUCAUUUGGAAUCUUCAACUCGCGUUUUUUUGGUCACAAUUCCAAAGGAAGAGGUGGAGUUGCAUCGCUGGUUGGUGCUUUUCUUUGCACGCUUAAAGUCUCCAAGUCAUUAUUUAUUGACACAACUGCUGCCCGAGGAGGAGCUUUCAAUAUAGUAUCCUCCAAUGAUGUUAAUGCAAGCAUAGAGGAUAGCACUUUCUACGGCAAUAAAGCAACAAAUGACGGAAGCGGGGGAGCGGUGUUUAUUAGUGCCUCAGAGUCAUCAUUGCGACUAAGUCAGUCUGCCUUUACGGAAUGCACUGCUGGAUAUGGUGGAGCAAUUUCUAUCGAAACAAAAUCGAAUUUACCGAGCGCAUAUCCUAAAGAUAUUGGUUUGCUCUUAAAAAUUGAAAGUUCCAAUUUUACAGGAUGCAGUGCUAAUAUACAGGGUGGUGCAUUGUACCUGAUUUAUGACACCAAUACGCAAAUUAGCCUGAAUAAAAGCCGUUUUAUCUCUAACGGUAUGGAAUUCGGGUUCGGAGGUGGGGUUAUCUGGGUUUACAAUUCAAAAUCUGAACAGGAUUUGAACGGGAACACCAGCCAAAUGACUUUAGAGUACUGUACGUUCCUAAAGAAUCAUGCUCGUCAAGGUGGUGCUUUAUGGCUGUCCCUGAAUGUUCCAAGUCUCAUCGUGUUCAGGCACGUCAUUAUGGAAAACAACAGAGCUACUGAAAAAUUUGGAGGUGCUGCCGUUAUCUACGACAGUAGUAUUCAAGUGCAAAACUCGCGAUUUUCUAAUAACUUUGCAGGUUAUGGUGGUGCGUUUUGGAUAAUCGGUGAUGUAAAUAGUCUUCAAGUUAUGAAUUCUGUUUUUGAGAACAAUUUUGCUGCAAGCUACUCUGGGGGAGCAUUUCUGAUUCAAACGGGGCUGGUUUUCCUCUCCAUCUCUAUAGUUAACUCGACUUUUAACAACUGCUCAGCCACAUACAAUGCUGGUGCUGUCAAUCUUGUUACAGGUAACACCGUAACUGUAAGUAUCUUUAUUAAAAUGUCUCGUUUCCAAAACAAUUACUGUUCUUCUGGGAGUGGAGGAGCCCUAAGACUGUCUUCGUCGUCUUCGUAUGGACACACAGGUAUUAAGGUUCAAGAAUGUAGUAAGAGUAAUACGAAAAUACAAAAAAAAGAUGGUUCCAAAGAAGACACUCACCUUUUCAUCGAAGACUCCGUCUUUGAAAGAAAUACUGCACCAUUUGGAGGUGCUAUAUAUUUGGGUGUUGGAAAAGCAGCAUUUUAUAAUUGUUCUUUCAUUGAUAACUUUGCUAGAUUGCCAAGUGGACAUAUUCACUCAGUCUUUGGUUUAGCAAGCUUAACAAUACAAGACACCCUCUUUAGACAGAUAAUGAAUGAAUUUAAAAGGCAUAAGAUUAUUUUUAAAGAUACUUCGUUUCUUGAAGCGGAAAACAUCUUAAGUCUUAAGUUAUAUAAUACCACAGUAGAUGUUAGACCUUAUGGCAGUACCGGCCCCUUUAUACUGAUAAAAAAUGGAAAGCUGAUAGACUUGGGAACCAACAACUUGACAAAUUAUAAUUGUCCUGUUGGGAGCAGGCUAGACAUUCUAAACAUAAAAGAUGAGUCCCUCAGUACUUGGCAGUUUAGCUGUUCUGCCUGUACAGGCAAUUCCUACAGUUUACAGCGUGGUCGUGCUGUUGGAUCUCAUGUGGUACCAGGAUUUCAGUGUCUUCCAUGCCCGUUUGGAGCAAACUGUUCUCAAAAUAUAAUCGCUAAACCAAACUUUUGGGGUUUUCAAGAACAGCGUACUCCGCCAAAGCUUAAGUUUACCAUGUGUCCUCUGGGUUACUGUCGCCCACCUGACAUAAGAGAUUUCCCUAAAUAUAAUGGUUGCCAGGGUAACCGUUCUGGUGAAUUAUGUGGACAGUGUAGUGAUGGUUACUCAGAGACACUUUUUUCUACAAACUGCAGACCCUCACAAGAGUGUAAUGAUAACUGGUUUUGGCCAGUUGCGUUGCUUUAUGUGUUGGUUAUGGCUUUUUAUUUCACGUUUAAGCCUCCUAUUGUCCCCUGGAUGAAACGUCAAGUCCUCUGGUUUAAAACGCGCGACACAACAGACGAGGAGAACGAGUUUGACAGAGGUUAUCUUAAGAUUAUUUUCUACUUUUAUCAGGCAGCAAACCUUUUGCUCGUCUCCAGUACGUCACUACGUAUUUUGAGAACAAUGUUUGCGGAGAUUCUUGUUGGACUUUUCAAUUUUCAACUAAGAGUUUCAUCGGGUGGAUUGAUUUGUCCCGUUCCUGGGAUCACUGUGGUAACUAAGCAGUUAUUUUCUGUUUCACACGUGUUUGGCACAUGUCUGAUGAUUGGCAUUAUUUAUGUUGUUCACUGGGGAGUUCAGAAGUUUCGAGGUCGAGAAGUACCAUUUGCUGGUCCUUAUAUUGGCGGUAUUUUACAAACCAUGUUGCUUGGAUACACAACUCUUGCUUCUGUCAGUUUUGACCUGCUACGAUGUGUUCCCAUUGGUUCAGAGAAGCAGAUGUUUUAUGAUGGAAACGUGGAGUGUUUUCAGUGGUGGCAGUACAUGUUGAUUGUUUUUGUUUGCGCAUUCUUUGUACCUUUCGUACUUGUUUUGUUUUGGGCCGUUUUAAACUUUACAACCAAACACUUUCUGGGGAAAAAUUGGUGUUGGCCUGUUUUAUUCCUUUACCAUCUCUGGUUUAUUGGGCUUUCAUCUCUUUAA